AUGGCCCAAUCUCGAGCCAAUGGCUCACACUACGCCCUGACAGCAAUAGGGCUGGGGAUGCUCGUCCUCGGUAUCAUCAUGGCUGUCUGGAACCUCGUCCCCGGCUUCGGCCCCGCUGAGAGACCUGCCACCCAUGCUGGGAACAGCAGCAAGCUCGACCAUGGCUCGGGGGGCAUUCUGAAGAGCAAGACCUUCUCGGUGGCGUACGUCUUGGUGGGGGCGGGUGUGCUGCUGCUGCUGCUCUCCAUCUGCUUGAACAUCCGGGAUAGGAAGAGGCAAAGCGAGGAUAUUGCUCGCGUGCAGCACCAAGUAUCCACAGAGCCCUCGCACCAGGAGGACAGUCAAGAAGAGGACGAAGAUGUGUCUUCUCAGUACCAUGUCCCCAGCUACGAGGAGGUGAUGAACGCGGGCUACUCUGAGCCUGGAGACUCAGGCAGGAGCAACAGGAUGAGCAUCUCCCUGCCCUCCUACGAGUCGCUGACGGGGCUCAACGAAAACACCCAGGUGCCGGGAGCCACCGGCAUGGAGCCUGGCAUGGAGCGGCAGCCCAGCCGGCACAGCUCGCGCCUGAGCAAGCGCCUGAAGCCGCUGAAGAUCCGGAGGAUCAAGUCGGAGAAGCUGCACCUGAAGGACAUCAGGCUGAACCUCACGGAGGGGAUCAGCACUGCCCCCAUCACCAUAGAGCCGCUGACCCCUCCGCCCAAGUAUGAGGAGGUGCAGGCGAAAGCACCAGAGAGCCAGCAAAUGACUUAA